GAGACACCGGGGCAUUUGAAAUACAUUGGUCCCUGACUAUGAUCACUAUUAUCGAUGACAUCACGACUUCAUAUCAAGUUGUUGUGAACGACAUAUAAAAUCGUGUUCCCUUUCAAUACAAACACGCAGAGUACACAACGUCUAAACUCAUAAUCUAACCAACUUCGAGACUGACAAAUUUCAUAACCCUCUUAACAAAAAUGUCAACAGGACCCUCGAACACCACACCCGCUAUUAAUCAUGAACCUCACCCCGAUCCCAUCGCUCUCACCGCAACUCCCGAAAACCCCAAAGAAAUAGACUACACGCCUAAUUCCACAUUAUCUAUCCCCCUCUCCCCUUCGCGCCAGAAGAUCGUAACAAGUAUUACAUCGCUAUAUAGUGGGAGCUGUGUGGAAGGAGGCACUGGGGAGCAAGAUAUGCAUGUUUAUUCUGAAAAGGCAAUUUAUGAUGAUCCUUGGAGUUAUUGUGAUACGAGGUUCAAGAUUGCGGGACAGUGGUAUGGAAUACCCAUGAUCAUGGGGUCGUCCAAAACCCUUGCCACAGAAGUUGUCAAGUCUUCAGACGACGAAAUUGUAUUUAAAUUGCGGCAGGAAUAUAGACCAAAACUCUUGCCAAAAGGAAAGGUUGUUGACAGUCUUAUAAGCUUGAAACUCAUCAGAGAAGGAGAUGAAGAGAAAGUUAUUUAUCAUAAAGAUAUGUGGAAUGAAAAGGAUUACAGUCACGAGGGGCUAGGAAAGGUGUUUAAGACGUUGAAUGGAGAUUAUUUGACGGGGAUUACGAGACCUCCCAAGAGCUUGUAGAGGCACGAUGAUAUUUCUGCUGGUCCUGUUGGGCAGAGAGGAGAGGGGCAAAGCAUUUUCAUUGAUUUAUUUUCUCUUUAUAAUCGCAUUUGAAAGCGAGUGGGAGCUUUCUAUCUAUACCUUACAAAUAGUUUACAGCCGCGACUUGUCA